GCCGCGCGUCACAGAAAGUGGAGGAAUCGAGAAGCAUGCAAGUCAAUCUGUGCCAAUGGCAGCACGGAGGGAUGGAGCGAUGGGUGCUCGGGUGAAGCGUGGACCUCUCUCUCCAAUGCAGCUAUCACUGGCAGGCAUGCAGGUCAGAGCCACCAGCCCAGCGCUUGCCAGCACUAAUUAAGACAAAGCCGUCUUUGGGCGAGUCUAUGGGCAUCAUCUGAGCUGCUGAGAGCCCGACAUCUGAAGAUGCUUCUCCAGAACUGGGACUGAUUUCCAGGAGAAAAGAGACAGAGAAGAUCCACGCUUUCCAUGGUCCCUGAAUGGUUCUUGUAUGGUUGAAGCGGGUCCCCUAUAUAAAGUGGGGGUGAUUGCUGGCGUUCUCUAAUUUUUGUGACCAAGUAGGAAACAGAGAUCAUGGCUUCGGAAGACAGCCAAGGGGCAGCCAAGUCCGCCAUGGAGAAACUCUCCUGUGCCAUGGGGGAAAGAACUAAAAGGCUGGGCACUGCCAUGCAGGAAGCCCCUCACCAUAGGAGACUGGUCUUGUUCAUCGUCUGCGUGGCACUUUUCCUUGAUAAUAUGCUCUACAUGGUGAUAGUUCCAAUCAUUCCAGACUACAUUCAAAGUAUGAGGUUGGAUAGUGAAAAAGCGUUUAGAGACCUGAAUGCCAGCUCAGCCUAUGCCAAUAAAUCUAUCAUCAGGCCCACGUACCCAACAGAGAAUGAAGACAUCAAGAUCGGAGUCCUGUUUGCCUCCAAGGCCAUCCUACAGCUACUGGUCAACCCACUGAGUGGCACCUUCAUGGACAGGGUUGGAUAUGACAUUCCUCUUUUCAUUGGACUGAUUGUUAUGUUCCUGUCAACUGUCAUUUUUGCCUUUGCAGAGAACUAUGCCACCCUGUUUGUAGCCAGAAGUCUGCAAGGCUUGGGAUCUGCCUUUGCAGACACCUCUGGGAUCGCUAUGAUCGCAGACAAGUAUACAGAGGAAGCAGAGAGGAGCAAAGCCUUGGGCAUAGCCAUAGCAUUCAUUUCUUUCGGGAGCUUGGUAGCGCCCCCCUUUGGGGGCAUAUUAUAUCAAUUUGUAGGGAAAAGAGUACCCUUUUUGAUUUUGGCAUGCAUCUCUCUCAUUGAUGGUAUUUUGCUGCUAGCUGUGAUCAAGCCCUUUGCCAAUCGGACUAGAGAGAACAUGCCAGUGGGCACACCCAUCCAUAGACUUAUGAUUGACCCUUACAUCGCUGUAGUGGCAGGGGCGUUGACCACCUGUAACAUUCCUCUGGCGUUUUUGGAACCCACCAUAGCAAACUGGAUGAAAACCACUAUGGGUGCCUCAGAGUGGCAAAUGGGUCUCACUUGGCUGCCAGCAUUCUUCCCUCACAUAUUUGGGGUAUACCUUACUGUAAAACUUGCUGCCAAUUACCCUCAGUAUCAAUGGUUCUAUGGUGCCAUAGGAAUGGUAAUAAUAGGGGCCAGCUCUUGCACGGUGCCAGCUUGUAAAACUUUUGAACAGCUUAUAAUUCCUUUGUGUGGUUUGUGCUUUGGCAUUGCAUUGGUAGACACUGCACUGUUGCCCACUCUCGCCUUAUUAGUAGAUCUCCGCCAUGUCUCUGUAUAUGGAAGCGUUUAUGCAAUAGCAGAUAUAUCUUAUUCUGUGGCUUAUGCCAUGGGGCCUAUAGUGGCCAGCCAAAUUGUCCAUACUGCGGGCUUCACCCAACUUAAUCUUGGCAUGGGACUUGCCAAUGUACUGUAUGCCCCUGCCCUUCUGUUACUUAGAAACGUGUGCCAAAUGAAACCCUCUCAUUCUGAAAGGAACAUCUUACUAGAUGAGGAACCUAAGGGUUUGUAUGACACUAUUAAAAUGGAAGAGCGCAAAGCCAAGUCUAGAAAGAGCCAUCUUAAAGAUGGCGAGGUGCAAGAGAACAGCAUGGACAAUUAUCAUGGGCAGACAGGGAAAAACGUGUCUGAAGGGGAGUCCUCUGAAUAUGAGUACAGUUAGAUUGAUGCCAAGCUAUUGGAGUGAAAAGUCAAAAAUCAGCCAUAUGUUUACGUACCAAGAUCCAAUUUCUACAUCGUAUUCAUGUUCAUGAUGGUCAUGGUUCUUGUAAAAUCUAUUUUUUAUUAUAUUAAUUUCUUGGGGUAAAUUCUAUACAAAUAUCUAUCUAUCUAUCUGUCUGUCUA